CUUUCUACUUCAAAUUUGCGCUUUGAAAAAAUUGUUUUCGCACCUGUUGUUAUUUGUAACUAAUUAUAUUUCCAGAGGAAAUGAGAAAAAUCAGAUUUUCUCAGCUUUGUCGAGAAAUGUUACCUUGCAAUUGAUCCAGACAAACGAUAAGAAAUGACGUACAAAAUUGCGGAGGUGACAGCGUAUUCUUUCCUUUUCUCAAUUCUUCUUUCAGUUUCCCACAGCUGCCCCGUAGGGUAUCACGGUUCGCCAUGCCACAUACGACAUUGUGAACCCCUCCACGCUCCUUCUCAUGCCGUCAUCAAGGGUGGUCAGUGCUCCACGCAUUAUUUAUCGGUUUGUAUACUGCAAUGCAAUAAAGGAUAUGAACCGCUUGGUAGUACAGAACGACAGUGCAUUGUUCAUUCAGAGCACGAAUACAUGGAAUGGUCAGGGAUUCCGCUGGUAUGCGUAGAAAUUCGUUGCCCUUUUUUGGUUGUAGCGAAUGCAGAUCCUCCUUCCGGAGAAUGUAAUCUUCCGUCGCUUGGGUACACCACUCGUUGUACCUUUACAUGUCGGACCGGAUACCGUUUGAAGGGUUCCAAGGAGCGUGUUUGUCAACUCGAUAAAUCCUGGUCUGGAAGCCUUACAAUCUGUGAACAAAUUUCCUGUCCCAAACUUCAGAUAGUCCAAGCCGGUGUAGCAGUAAGACCUGCUUUUUGUGCUACUGGACCGGUGCCCGCGUCCUCGUACUGUCACGUCCGCUGUCCUUCAGGAUAUAAUAUACAAGGCAAUCCCCCAUCAAGGCGCACUUUAGUUUGUCUGCUUAAUGAGACAUGGAGCGAAAGCAUUCCGACAUGUCAGGAUUUUGACCCUCCAAAGAUGACUUGCCCGCAUGAUAUACAAACAACCACUCCAAAGGGAAAGGCCACAGCAAACGUGUUAUGGAGCAUUCAAGUAACUGACAAUUCAGUUGAAGUGGAUCCAAAUGCUGUGAUCCGGGUACGAUCAAGUCACGAGUCCGGACAAGAGCUUCCUAUUGGUGAUACUGUUAUUAGAGUAAAUGCAACUGAUGACGCAGGGAACAACGCAGUAUGCUCCUUUUUUGUUAAAGUCAGAGACACUGAGCCGCCAUCAUGCAGCUUCUGUCCAGCGGACAUAGUUCAAGAAGUAACGACUUCACGAUUGAGAGUUUCCUGGAAAAGGCCGAUUUGCUCCGACAACUCGGGUGAACUCCUCAUUAUCGAAUCAAACAGACAGAGUGGUGCCCUGUUUGAUGUUCCGAGUACAACCCUUGUUCAGUACACAGUUCGCGAUCACGAUAAUAACGUCAACAACAAUUGCUCAUUUAAAGUAAUUUUGACAGUCAAAACGUGCACAAUGUUUCCCCCUCCCCGGAAUGGAGCCCUGGUAUGCGAUACUGCCACUGGUCAUCCCGUUUGUUCCGCGUUUUGUAACAAUGGCGCAGACUUUGAGUUCAACCCGCCUUUGGUAUACUUAUGCUCGGGAGGAAAAUGGAACUAUUGGGCAUUUCCUAGCGUUCAAGUGCAGAACGCUCCCUGGCCUAACUGCUCUGGCAGUGCCAGUCAUUCUUGGUUGAAAAUGUAUGGUCUUCAACAGUGGCAUUACUACAGUGGUGACGCGCAUGAUCCCAGCGUUCAAGAAAUUAUAAAGUCUCAGUUCAACGCGUUGCUAACGUCUAACAUGGUUCCUCCCAUCUUUUGCCCGCACCAAACAUGCAACAAGGAUGCUUUUACGGUCUCUCCAGGUGCAAUAGUUUGAAGUCACAAGGAAGACUCGAGGAAACUAAAAUUUGGUGUUUUACGCGUUGAAAAAUGCUUUAAUAAAGUUAACGCUUGGGUGUGAUAUGUGAUGUGUGU